CGUCCCCGUCCCCUGCGGCCGCCACCGCCAACGCCGCCGGGACUGGAGCGCUGACACCACUGCAUCCGCGGGUUUCCAGGCAGCCCGGAUCCGGGCCUUUAUUUCUCGCCUGCAGCGCUCAGCACCGCGCCUCGAAAAGGGGCCUGGGUUUCAUCCCUGGUCGGGGAACUAAGAUCCCGCAAGCCGCAAAAAUCUGAUUGGUUCACACGGUGGCACACUGAACUUGAUGGCCAAACACCAGAGCACCCUAGAAAGCGUAAUUGAAAGAAUGCUCAUGUUUGACCCAGUCCCUGUCAAGCAAGAGGCCAUGGAUCCUGUCUCAGUGUCAUACCCGUCCAAUUACAUGGAGUCGAUGAAGCCCAACAAGUAUGGCGUCAUCUACUCCGCACCGUUAUCUGAUAAGUUCUUCCAGACCCCAGAAGGCCUGUCGCACGGGAUGCAGAUGGAGCCGGUGGACCUCACCGUGAACAAGCGGAGCUCGCCGCCCUCUGCCGGGAACUCCCCCUCCUCCCUGAAGUUCCAGUCCUUGCACCGGAGGGCCUCGCCGGGGCUGAGCCUGCCCUCGUCCAGCCCACCCGGGAAGAAGUACUCGCCGCCGCCGCCGCCCGGCGUGCAGCCCUUCAGCGUGCCGCUGUCCAUGCCGCCUGUGAUGGCCGCGGCCCUCUCCCGCCACGGCAUCCGGAGCCCCGGCAUCCUGCCCGUCAUCCAGCCUGUUGUCGUGCAGCCCGUCCCCUUCAUGUACACCAGCCACCUCCAGCAGCCGCUCAUGGUCUCCUUGUCGGACGAGAUGGAAAAUUCCAGUAGUAGCAUGCAAGUCCCUGUAAUUGAAUCAUAUGAGAAGCCUCUAUUACAGAAAAAAAUUAAAAUAGAACCUGGGAUCGAACCACAGAGGACAGAUUAUUAUCCUGAAGAAAUGUCACCCCCUUUAAUGAACUCAGUGUCCCCCCCGCAAGCACUGUUACAAGAGAAUCACCCUUCAGUCAUCGUGCAGCCCGGGAAGAGACCUUUACCUGUGGAAUCUCCAGACACCCAGAGGAAGCGGCGGAUACACAGAUGUGAUUAUGAUGGAUGCAACAAAGUAUACACUAAAAGCUCUCACUUGAAAGCACACAGAAGAACACAUACAGGAGAAAAACCCUACAAAUGUACAUGGGAAGGAUGCACAUGGAAAUUUGCUCGGUCUGAUGAACUCACGAGACAUUUCCGAAAACAUACUGGAAUCAAACCCUUCCAGUGUCCAGACUGUGACCGCAGCUUCUCCCGCUCCGACCACCUUGCCCUCCAUAGGAAACGCCACAUGCUCGUUUGAAUGCCUCUAUCUCCCGCCUCAGCGUGGCUCCCACUCUCCCAGCUCUCUCCCUGUCCUCCCUCCCGUUAUCUAACUCAUCUUUUUACAUGUACAUUUUAAUUUUGAUUCAGCUGGUCUGAAUCUCUGAAUUUAUAUCAUUCAAACUUCCAUAUGGUCAGUAGUAAAUGUUCUCUAAUCCUCCCUCUCCUUACCACGGGUCAGACCUAAAGAAUGUGAACACUUUUUUUUUUUUUUCUUUUUUUUUUCCGGGGAUGCUAAGCAAACCCUUCUUAGAGAUAACGUUUAAUGUAAUGAAAACAAGGGAACAUGUAAAUUAACAUAACCAAUUGUUUCUCCAUGUAAUCCUCAAAAGAAUGUCAAAGUAAAUGUAUUAGAAAUACA